AUGAGGCCCGUAGCACGCAUCAAUGCGUCUCGUCUCUUCAGUACGGCUGCUACUCGCCGUGCGGCACAGCCCUUCUUUGCACAGGAGCCCAGCGCUCCCUCGGUGCAAACCGCUAUUCCUGGCCCUAAAAACCAAGCUGCAGCCAAGGACCUCCUUGAAGUCUUUGACAUUCGCAGCUUGAACCUUCUCGCUGAUUAUGAGAAAUCCAUUGGAAACUAUAUUGUUGACCUGGAUGGUAAUACUUAUCUUGAUGUUUACGCACAAAUUGCUUCCAUUCCCGUGGGUUACAACAACCCUCAUCUUGCCGCUGCUGCUACCUCACCGGAGAUGGUGCGCGCUCUCAUUGACAGACCUGCCCUCGGAAACUUCCCUUCCGCGGACUGGUCUCAUAUUCUUCGAACCGGCCUUCUGAAAGCUGCUCCCAAGGGAAUGAACCAAGUGUUCACCGCACUGGCGGGAUCCGAUGCCAAUGAGACUGCCUACAAGGCUGCCUUCAUGUACCGUCGCCAGCAGGAACGUGGUGGAUCAGAAGUUGAUUUCACCGAGGAGGAAAUGCAAUCAGUCAUGGUGAACCAGGGUCCUGGUUCACCUCAAAUGUCCGUGCUGUCGUUCAAGUCGGGAUUCCACGGUCGUCUCUUUGGCAGUCUGUCUACUACGCGAAGCAAGCCAAUUCAUAAGCUCGAUAUCCCAGCAUUCGACUGGCCCGCUGCUCCCUUCCCAUCCCUCAAGUAUCCUCUUGAAGAGCAUGCCAAAGAAAAUGCCGAGGAAGAGCAACGUUGUUUGCAGGAGACUGAGCGUAUUAUCAAGGAGUUCCACAACCCCGUUGCUGCUGUGGUAGUCGAGCCUAUUCAAUCUGAGGGUGGCGACAACCAUGCCUCACCCGCUUUCUUCCAAGGUCUCCGAGACAUCACCAAGCGCAACAACGUGCUGUUCAUUGUUGACGAGGUCCAAACUGGCGUUGGUGCCACCGGAAAAUUAUGGGCUCACGACCACUGGAAUCUAAGCACUCCUCCCGAUAUGGUUACAUUUUCCAAGAAGGCCCAAGCUGCUGGUUACUACUACAAUAACCCCGCUCUGCGACCCAAUAAGCCAUACCGUCAGUUCAACACCUGGCUAGGUGACCCAGCCCGUGCCAUCCUGUUCCGCGCUAUCUACGAGGAAAUUCAGAGCAAGAACCUGGUCGAAAACACCGCGUUGACCGGCGACUAUCUGUACAACGGGCUUGAGACCCUUGCUAAGAAAUAUCCCCAGGCCAUCCAGAAUCUCCGUGGCAAGGGACAGGGAACCUUCAUCGCCUGGGAUUCGCCUAACCGUGACGAAUUCCUUGCCAAGGCCAAGACUGUUGGUGUUAACAUUGGCGGAAGCGGAGUCAGUGCUGUUCGUCUGCGGCCAAUGUUGAUCUUCCAGAAGCACCAUGCCGACCUGCUUCUUGAGAAACUCGAAACACUAAUCAGCGCGUAA